AUGUCGCUAUCUCAAACUGUACGAAAAAGGACUUUCGAGCCGGAGCAGCAGGGCCAAAAACGACAAAAAAUUGCCAAUAUUGAUGCCGCCGUUCUUCAUUGCAUUCCACCCAAUAUUGUCCCGUUGGUUCAGCCGCCGUUCCACGAGUCCAACUUUUUCACCGACUUGGAGCCCCGUGAUAACCCCAAGUUUGUUCAACAAGUCACAAACAUAGUUGCGAAAUAUCCACCACCUCCUCCACCUCCUCUUCCUGACCAAACCCUGCUGACCUCUGGAGGUAUUAUGGUUCCAUUCAUAUUUCCGCCACCGCCAGUUUUGAAGAAUGAGUCGGUCACUGAUUCGUCACCAAAACGGCGUUUGCGAGGCUCGGAUCACGAUAAUAAAACUUAUGUCGAGCUUCCUCCAUUGCCGUUUCCUCCACCAAAUUACAUGCCAUAUCCGAUGCUUUCGGACAGAAGCACACUCGCUCCACUGGAGGUAGUCCAGUCGUUUUUGGAUGCGCUGCAGAAUCUUCCAAGAACAAAUAUGGUGGUUGCUAGUGCCGCUGGUUCGUUGCUUGAUAUGAAACAUCAGGCUGAACAGGAAGGUCUCACCAUCGAAGACUUUGAGAAUGGAGCGACCUACGAUGCAGAAAAUGUGGACACAGAGGAAGCAGAAGAGUACAUGGCAUUCGCGGCUGGUGUAGAUACUUCGGAGACUGUUGAUUACUACGAUCAGAAAAAAUCACCACCUUCAACGGUGGAGGUCAACAGUGACAUGUAUUCAAGACUAGCCAAUGUUGCUCCUCGUUUGAGCUCUAUUGGACGAACAAAAUCGAACCUGCUGACUGAGCCCACGACCACCAACAUAGACAUCUUCCAACCCAGUCACAACCAUGAACCUCACCCAACACCUUCAAUUUCACACCCUUCCAAAGAUAUCGUGACAGCAAAUGGUGUUAAUAAGGAAAGAAGACGUGAGGAUCUUCUUCGAUCAGCCAACCAACUCCGGUCCUUCGAAACCCGCCAUCGCCGUCAAGUAUAUGAGCACAAACGACUGCAAUUGUUGCUGAGACUCGAAAGUUUGAGGUCGUCGAAAAUCCUGCUCACCGAUGAAAGCCUUAUAGUCAACGACGACCUCAGAGCCAUCCAGCGAGAGUUGGAGUUCCAGAGAGACUUUGAGAUCUUCAGGCUCAAAGUGGGCCAAAAUUAUCACUUGUCUAAUAACGUUCAGUUCUAUUAUGAAAAUUGUGACCGAGCAUACAAGCGGUAUAACUCUAAUGUGGUGAACAAGUUGAAAAAGUUGGAGAAUUUCUUCCAGUACCAGUACGAUUUGUUCAACCAAUUGUUGAACAAUGCAUCUAACGAUGUCUUUGAUAUCAAAACAAGAGACUCUGGAAAGCUCUAUCAUGGUAUUUCUCAACGCAACUUUAGUGCCGAGAUCAAACAAAGAGAAACACCCGCGGUGAAACCAGCACCGUUGGUUCACGAUUUCAUGCCAAUGACCUCGCUGGCAGAGUUUGAUAUCAUUACAGGUGACGGAGCCAGCAAGAUCAAACAGAGCAAUUUGUCUUCGAAGGAAGCAAAAAAUGCCAAUCUACACCAUACAAUUUUUCAAAAUGCCCUUUACGAUCCUGCCACUUCCAACUCGGAUACCAACUAUUCCGAGCUGAGCACCAGUCUUCCGUCGACACCCAAAAGACGAGGUCGCCGAGCUACCAAUCUUGGCGCCGACAAACUUGAACUUUUUGAUAAGCAAUCGAAGCACUCGGAGGCAGCAUUGAUCGCUCGCAUAAUGAAAAACUUUGUAGGACCACAGGGCAGUAAGCCCGAUGAACUCACUACAGAUCUUGACCAAAUGGGUAUCACCACUAGGUGGCCGAUCUGA